AUGCCGCGCCUACCUUUCAGCUUUAUCCUCAUCCCCCUCUUCUCAAUCAUCACCACAGCUCAAGCGGCUCCAGCUCCACCUUCUUCCACAAACGCAACCUCUUCCACCUCUUUCACGUCCAACCCAAGCUCUCCUUCUUGGUCAAAAGAAGCCAUAUUUACUCUCGCCGGGGUGGUCAUUGCAGUUGCCGGGGUCCUCACCACCCUGACUCUAUCAUCUACAAGGAUACGAGAGAACCUCUGUCAACCCUUCAAGUACUGCGCGAAAAGAAACAAGGAACGUUCAGACAGACGGCUGCAGAACAAGUACGACGAGUGGUUAGCGUUCCAGGAGUGGUUGGAAUUGAGCAAUGCCCGGGGUGGAGCUUGA